GGUUCACACGUGGUACCGAUACAUUUUGCUUUGACGAAGAGAGAGAGAGAGAGAACACCCUUAAUCAUGGCUGCCGUUGAAGGCUCUAACAGUUACACCUGGUUGGCGGUAAUCUUAAGCGUUCUGACGUUCAUCUACUGGCAAGGUCUCAGUCGUUAUAAUUCGAUUCUUGGUGGCUCUCCUUUGCGGGGCCCAAAAGUAUGGCCAUGGAUAGGCAACCUCCUCGAUAUCUUUAAAUAUGGAGGUAUACAUAAGAUGUUCUUAAACUAUUUCCGCAAGUACGGACGAGUACAUACGAUGUGUUUUGGUCGCACACCAGUUAUUGUUGUAAGCGAUCCUGAAAUUGUCAAGCAAAUUUUGGUCAAGGACUUUUAUAAGUUCCCAAAUCGACCUACCUUCAUCAAACCGAAUCCUCCAUUGGAUUCAGGACUGUUCCAAGCGGAGAACAGCAAAUGGAAGCGCAUUCGCACUACAGUGGCUCCAACGUUUACAGCGAGCAAACUGAAAGAGAUUGUGCCGAUUAUAGACGAUGCCUCGCAAAAGCUUAUGGCCAAAAUGGAAAAGUUUGCCGAAACCGGUAAGUCUGACAUUUUGGGUGUAUUCAUAGAGUUACGUAAUAACGGGAAUGCCGCCAAGCCUUAAAAGAAACUAGUAUCCAACUGUCGUAGAUCAACUUUCCUUCAUGAAGAUUUUUUAAGUUAGCAAUUUUGUUUUCUCGAUCAGAAAUUUUCUUGAGAGCGAAUGCUUGAGACGCUGAGAAAAUUUAUUUCUCUGAUACAAUCUUUCAGCCUGUUUGAUCACGACGUCUGUUAGUCAGGUUGCUUUCAAUGGCCUCUUUUGUUUGGAUGGAUCGAAAUAGAAUUUGCCCUGACGAGGGGUUACCAACUCACACGAAAGGGACGGUUUAUUGUUCUCGUUUUGCUCACACCAUUAUUUUGCUUUCGAAAUAAGAGUUUCUUCUCGGCUUCGGAAUCUUGGUACUUAUUUUUGUGUGGGCAGUUGAUUUGUUUAUUCACGGUAAGGACAGGCCUGAACUUGUAGGAAAUGCAAUGAUAUACUCAUGUCAGCCUCAUUUGAAUAACACGUCCAAACCUGUAUAACCAAUGAUGCGUUCAGCCUCAUUAUCAUUACACGUCUGAACCUGCCCGAAGUUAUAAGUGUCUUUUAAAAGCGAGGUCACGCAACUUUUAGGCUGACUCAAGUCGGUACUUAACGAUGAGCCGAUUUCAACGCAACAUCUCUGCGUUAAAAAUGCACUGUCUGAUUUUUUUCGAAAUUUGACAUUCCUUUCCGGCAACAAGUUGCAAGGUUGUGAAAGCCGUUCGAAAACCAGUUACAUUGUUUCCAGUAUUUUUGUAUUGCGCUAAGAAUUGACCGGCGUAAUUAACUCAACAAAGGUGCCUUAAUGCUGUUCCGUGUAACGUGUUAAAAAUUUGCGUUUGAGAUCAGCCGGUGAGUGAGUGAUAUUUCAGUGAGCGGGGUUCGGAAAGAGUGCGGACCGCAUUAUUUGCAGGUUACAGCUUCCUCUUCAGCUUUAAUUGAUGUUGCACUGAUCGUUAAUUUCAUUGUCUUUUACAAAUCUUCCAUAGGUGAAUCAGUGGAUGUCAACCGUCUGUUUAGUCUCUUUGCCUUAGAGGUGAUCAUGAAAGCAGCCUUUGGAUUUGACAGCGACGUUCAAAUGAAUCCAGAUCCAGAAUUUGUCGAAAAAGCCAACAACGUCUUUAAAACACCAGUGGUUAUAAGAGUGUUCUCUUUGUUUCCCUUCUGGACCUACUUCAGCCGUUACUUCAGCAUCCUCCAAAAUGUUGAAUAUUUUAUUUCCAUAGCAAAAGAAAUGCUUCAAAAGAGGGCCAAGAAAGGUCCUACUGCAAAGAAAGACUUAGUGGAGCUUAUGAUGGAAGCACAGGAGAACAUCGUCGAUGGAGUCAGCAAGUUGAACGACGAUGAAAUCAUGGCCCAGUCUAUCACUUUCUUGGUGGCCGGCUUUGAGACAACCGGUAGCACUUUGACAAGCACAGCUUACCUCCUUGCUACCAAUCCAGCGGUUCAGGAUAAGCUCAUUGAGGAGAUCGACAAAGCAGAAGUAGAGAUGGCCCGUAACAACUCUUCUCUUUAUGACCAUGUCCAAAAACUCGGGUACUUGGAUCAAGUCAUCUCCGAGGUCCUACGCCUCUGUUCUCCAGCCUUUAAUCUUGUUCGUGGCUGUGAAGAAGAAGUGGUCUACAAAGGCAUCCGGUUUCCAAAGGGAGUUGAAGUCAACAUCCCGUCAUACGUGCUGCACCGGGACCCAGAGGUGUGGAAGAAUCCACUGCAGUUUAACCCUGAGAAUUUCUCCCCUGAAGCAAAAGAAAAACGGAACCCGUAUUCCUUCAUUCCAUUCGGAACUGGCCCACGUCAUUGCCUCGGGAUGCGUUUUGCCCUAUUGGAGAUUAAAGUCGCCCUGUUGAAGAUCUUGCAACGAUUCAAAUUUGAGUGCGCUCCAGAAACCGUGGCUACGCUGGAGCACCGGGCGGUAAUUCUAAUGGCACCAAAAGAUUUGAUAUACCUUAAGAUAAAAGCACGUUAG